CGACCCGUAAUCCAGUUCCGUCGGAAGCGGGCGCGGCGUCCGUUUCUUCAUAGUCGUCGUGGGUGAAGUCUUGACCGCCUUUAAAAUAAGGUCUUAAGGAUGAACUUGGGAUUUCUGACAUUUUCAGUUUGGAUCGGUGGCUUCUAGAGAAAUGAGCCUCUUCAAACAGAUUCCAACUUGUUUUUCAGGAAUUGUCCAGAUGGAGGAAGAUAAGCAUUACAAUAAAGUUGAAGAUGUGGUUGGAAGUCAUGUGGAAGAUGCAGUAACAUUUUGGGCCCAGAGUAUUAGUAGAAAUAAGGAUAUUAUGAAGAUUGGUUGUUCACUCUCUGAAGUUUGUCCCCAUGCCAAUUCAGUUUUUGGGAAUCUUGAUCCAAAGAAGAUUUAUGGUGGAUUAUUUUCUGAAGAUAAAUGUUGGUACAGAUGCAAAGUACUGAAAAUCAUCAGUGAUGAAAAGUGUCUGGUGAGAUACAUUGACUAUGGAAAUACUGAAAUUCUAAAUCGAUCUGAUAUAGUUGAGAUUCCUUUGGAUCUGCAAUUUUCUAGUGUUGCCAAAAAAUACAGGCUUUGGGGACUGCAGAUUCCUUCUGGCCAAGAAGUUACCCAGUUUGAUCAGGGCAGAACCUUUUUGGGGAGCUUGAUUUUUGAAAAGGAGAUAAAAAUGAGAACUAAAGCAACCUAUCAAGAUGGAACAGUUAUUGCUCAGGCUGAGUAUGGCAGUGUGGAUAUAGGGGAGGAGGUGGCUAAGAAAGGAUUUGCAGAAAAAUGCAAACUCACUUCCAGCACUAAUGCCUGUGAGGAAAAAAAAUCAGAUCCUGGUCAGCUUGUCCUCAAGAACCUCAAAAGCCCCAUUCCCUCAUGGGGGCAUAGAUCAAACCAGUCAGCCUUCACCCGACCAAAGGGGCGCUUAAGUGGGAGGAUGACUCUUGACUUGAAGAAUGAGAAUGAUGCAGGAAAUCAUGUGACAUUUCCAAAGGAAAAUUUGGCUGUUGGAGACUUUAAUUUAGGGUCUAAUGUCAGCCUGGCAAAAAUUAAGCAGGACCAGAAACUGAUUGAAGAAAAUGAAAGACUUAAAACAGAGAAGGAAGUUCUUCUUGAAAGUUACAAAGCUUUAGAGUCCAAAGUAGAACAGACUGCCCAGGAACUGCAGCAAGAGAAAGCGACCACCAUGGAUUUGACUAAACAUUUAGAAAGCACUCUGAAGACUUGUGUCGGUACCAGAAUGGAAAAUCUGGCAGUUAAGGUUGAAAUAUUGAAAGAAAUUAGACGUGUCAACAUCAAUGUUCGUUUUGGAAAUGACCUUUCAGAUGCUAUGCAAGUGCUAGAAGAAGAGUCCUUUACCAUCCCAGCUUCUUUGACUGAAUUAGAGAGAAUUUGGGCAGAAUACAGUCUUGCUCAGGAGAACAUACAAACUUGUCAAAAUGUGGAUGAAGGGAGUAUUUUGAUUGCCAAAAGAAACGAAGUGCAACAGAAGCUGAACAUGGCAAUGGAAGUUUUUAUUCUGGAAGUAGAUGAGUUACCUCUUAAUAAGCGCUUGAAAACAUUGCAGGAUUUGUCAACCUCUUUAGAGGCAGUGUAUGGACAGGCCAAAGAAGGGACAAAGUCUGAAGAAAUACUUAAGAAGUUUUAUGACUGGAAGUGUGAUAAAAGAGAGGAAUUCAUCAGUGUUAGAAGUGAAACAGAAGUUUCUCUACAACGUCUUGUAGCAUGGUUCCAGAACACUGUAAAGGCUUUUGAUCUCUCUGUGGAAGAAACACAAACUUCUAAAGACACAAUCAAUAAUGUUGAUGAAAUCCUAGAGAAGACUGAGUCAAGUGUCUGCAAAGAACUGGAGAUAUCUCUGAUUGAGCACGGUGAUGCAGACAAGGAGAUCAUUUUAAAUACAUACAGUCAAAUACUACAGAAGAUCCAUUCAGAGGAAAGGCUUAUUGCUACAGUACAAUCCAAGUAUAAGGACAGUAUUGAGUUUAAGAAGCAGAUUACUGAAUGUUUAAACAAGAGCUCCAAUGUGGAUCACUUGCUGUCCAUUAAAAAGACACUGAAAAACUUAAAAGCUCGACUGAGAUGGAAAUUGGUUGAAAAGAAUAAUUUGGAAGAAUCUGAUGACCAUGAUGGAUCUGAAAUUGAGAAAAUAAAACAAGAAAUAACUCAGUUGCGUAAUAGUGUCUUUCACGAAAUUUAUCGUGAGCAGGAGGAAUAUGAGAAGCUGAAUUGCUUGGUGCAGAAAUGGUUCCCUGAGUUGCCUCUGCUUUAUCCUGAAAUAGGAUUACUUAAGUACAUGAACUCUGGUGGUCUUCUUACUAUGAGUUUGGAACGGGAUCUUCUUGAUGCUGAGCCCAUGAAGGAACUUAGCAGCAAGCGCCCUUUGGUUUGUUCUGAGGUUAAUGGGCAAAUAAUUCUUUUAAAGGGCUAUUCUGUGGAUGUGGACACAGAAGCUAGGGUGAUUCAGAGAGCAGCCGCCUACCACAGAGCUUGGAGAGAAGCUAAAGAAGGGUCUGGGUUACUACCGUUGAUAUUCCUAUUUUUGUGUAAGUCUGAUCCUAUGGUUUAUCUGAUGGUCCCAUACUAUCCUAGGGCAAACCUGAGUGCUGUUCAAGCCAGUGUGCCUUUAACUUCAGAAGAAGCUUUAAAGGUCAUGAAAGGUGUUGCCCAGGGCCUACAUACAUUGCACAAGGCUGACAUAAUUCAUGGAUCACUUCAUCAGAACAAUGUAUUUGCUUUAAAUCGUGAACAAGGAAUUGUUGGAGAUUUUGACUUCACCAAAUCUGUGAGUCAGCGAACUUCAGUGAACAUGAUGGUUGGUGACUUGAGUUUGAUAUCACCUGAACUGAAAAUGGGAAAGCCUGCUUCUCCAAGUUCUGACUUGUAUGCUUAUGGUUGCCUUUUAUUAUGGGUCCCUGAGGUUCUGUCCAGUUUUUGGCUGCUGUUCAACUUUCUGUUCAAAAUCAGAAAUUUGAGACAAAUGAAGAUGGAAUUCCAAAAGUGGAUCAGUUUCGUUUGCUUGAUAUAUUGUAGAAGUUCAAUGACUGCUGAGCAAGUUUUGAAUGCAGAAUGUUUCUUGGUGCCAAAGGGGAAAUCAACUCCAAACCCAGAAAAAGAUACUGAAUAUACACAAUAUAAAGAAAAAGAAGAAUUAAAGAUGGAGAACUUGGACCAAUAUAAGGAAAAGACAAGAAAUGGUGAAGCCAGCUUUGAUUGAUGGAUUAGUAUUUUUUUUGUUGUUGCAGAUGUUCCUUUUAAAACUUUUUUUCAGUUGGCUAAGUAAACAAAAAAAUUCGGAAGUGUU